AUGCUGCUUGGUGCAAAGCUGCAUGGAAAGUUCAGAGGCAUCGUGGUCUGUGAUGCCACCGCCGGCUAUGGCAUGGCAGCUAGGCCGUGUAUCGACAAGGUGGCCCAGCAAUGGCUUUCCGACACCUUUGCAGAGGAUGUGGAUGUGGUUUCGAGCCUCGAAUUAGCUGGCCUGCUAGAGAAGCGCAGUAUCGAGGAUCGCCAUCGGCUGGUGCUGCUAUUGGUCCAAGAGCCUCAUGCGUGGGUGGCAAGAGCACAGCUCGGAGGCUUUUUUGGUGUCUUUCUGGUUCGCGACUUGGAAUAUCAGGCGCGCCAGACACGCUCUGGGGAAGACUUGGUGUUUGUGGGAGCCAGCCUCAGUUUGGAUGAAGCCUCGAAACUGGCCAACUGGUUGAGAGGGCCUGUGGAGUGUGCAGGCAACGUUCACAGCCAGGGGCUGAUGUUGGGCUCUCAGGGGCCAAGCUACCAGGGCAUCUACUGCAGGUUGUGCUUUGCAGAUCAGAGGACAGGGGAGUUGCAGAUGUGGGCUUUAGCGUUUGGAAAACCUAAGGCUCAGGCUGGCUGCGUCCGUAAAAAGACUGAAUGCGGUCAGAGCAUUGAGGAAGUGGACAUGCGUCAAAGAAUUGAUCGGCGGCGGCGGGAGCAGUUUGAGAAGUUUACAAGGGCGCUUGGUGAGGUCAGCCCCACACACUUCAUGCAAGAUGCCUUGAAAGCGGGCGCCAGCUCUCUGGAUUUGCAACUGUUUGGGGCCAUCCCACCGAUCACCGAAGCGCGUCGUUUGGAUACAGCUGGAAAAGCUGCCAUUGUUCAAAGCGAGCGCCAAGCGGCAAGAACUUUGAUUCAGAAGAGCAAACAGGAGUCGCUCAAUUCGAAGCAGGCUGUUGUCAACGAAGCGCGCCAAAUUCGUUCCGCCCAGUGGAGGUUGCAAAGCUUGCGGCCACCGUCCAUGGACAGCACCCGUGAUGGUUCCUUUGCGCGCAGCCCAUGGUCAGAUCAGUCAGACUGGGCCUCUUCCAAUGGACCCACACCGCGUGACAUCGGCAGAUCUUCUUCAGCAGGGACUCAGAUUACAACCCGCACACACUCACCCAUGCCAGGUGUGCCGCUGGGAAAGGCCUUCGAGGACAUGCUGGCAAACUACUACAGGACUCUGGAAGAGAUCCAAGAUCAGGAAUUUGCCGAAGCACAAAAAGCUCGGCAGGAAGAGUCUGAGCAGCUGCAGCGAGAACAUGUCCGAAGAGAGCACUUUGAACAGCAGCAUCGGAUGAGGGAGUUUGCCAUUGUUCACGAGCUGCACCGCCGCGAGCGGCGCCGCGUCUUCGACGCCUCGCGCACGGUGCUGGUGGUCGACCGCCUGGCCGAGGAGCAGCGACGCAGGCGAUUCGAGCUGCACCUGCGACAGGAAGCGGCCAAGGAUCAACGGGAAAAGAGUCGACAACGAAGGGCCAGGUAUGAGUCGCAUUUCGAUUUCAUUUUGAGCCAAGAGGCUUUAGACCGAGCAUGUGGCAAAGUCGACAUGCAAAAACACUUUGAAACUCAGCGGGCAGACACGAAGGAAAAAGUGGAGAAACGUAAAGAAAAGUGGGCAAGAAAGUCCCGACCACUACGAGCAAGACGCUUGUUCCAGCAGGAACAGAAGAAGAUCUGCAGCUUGGAGCGUGAAAGGCAACAUGCUUAUUAUGCAGCCAGGCAGAGAGCUCAAGGUGAACGUGAGUUUCAGCAGAAGAAAGAAAAUGUUCGCAUGGCUCACUUAUUGAAGGCCAUCAUGCGAGGAUGGAGAGAGAAUAGAAACAAAUCCAAGGCGAAAAGUGCAGAGGUUUCAGAAACCUCUGCUGAUCUUGCAGCUAGCGCGGCGGAGGUAAACAGCAUGGACGAGUCUCACCCAGGGACGACCUCGUGAAAUGACGAGGUUCGUGCCUUCCUUGGCACCGUGACGGCGAGGAUGGGGACCUUCCGUGCCCGCAGCAAAAAAUGUGAGGGAAAAAA